GGUAGCUCACAAGACAGGUGUCAAUCUGCUUUUCUGCAGUGGAUGCAGGAUGUUAAUGGGGCCUUAAUAUAGGCCCUGCAGGUGUAAAUCAGAGGAAAACCCAGAAGAGAGUUCCUUUAAGCUGUUGUUUGAGGCUGGAGAGUUGUGAAUGUGUCUGCCAUCAGCAUAUGUCUUGCUGAGGCUUAUCAUCCCAUGCUUGGCUGGGCACUUCAUGACACCAGCACAAUAGAGACGUUUUGAAAAACAACCCUGCUGUUUCCAGCACUGUGGUAACAGACAGCCUUCCCUGCCUCACCCCAACCCUUGUUUAUGGUGAGGAGGUUCCCUCCUCACAGCGAGAACAGAAGAUUCCUCGGAUGCGGGGCCUGGGACAGCAUAGCAAAUGACAACAAAAUGCUCUUUGCUCCACGGCGAUCAGAUCCAGAACCCACCAAAGUUGAGACCAUGCUUGGUGCAAAGGCCAGUCUGUCUGAAAACUGCCUAUCGCUCCCAUAAGAAUCCUUUAGUUUAACUUCUGCGGCCUCUAAUCCUGCCUUGAUUUGUUAUGUAACACUUGACAGCAAAGCUACAUUUUACAACAUGUGCAGCUUCCAUGUAAUUUUAAAUUGAUUGUCUCUAUUUUGAACUGAUUCUGUGGUUUAUUAUUAACUGAUGCUGAAGCUGCUGGAUCUCAGGCCACCAGGUGCCUUUAAUUAAUAGACUGAGACUCAGUAUUAAGGUAAAGAACUUGCAGUUUCAUUGGAUGCAUCCAGCCACCCCUUAGGCAGUGGUUCCUGUGUGGUCACCCGGUUUUAGUGGUUCCAAAUCCUGUUCUGAAAUAGAAAGGAGGUUCUCCUGGCCUACCAGUGGCACACAUGCUUGGGAAAUGGUUCUGAAGGCAUUUUCUGCUGAGCAGGAUGCUCUAUUGGGGGUGUGGCUGAAGGGUUAUCCUUGAGGGGCAGGGCUACGGGUGACUUUUCUCUGUGGUGAGAGCGAUGCCCAUGGGUUCCGGUUUGGGUGGUGUCUGCAUGGGAUAGUGCAUUGUGAUACCUGGAGCAGGCACUUGUACCAGUCCAGGGAGAGGCGUGUUUUUAACUCUGUUGAUCAGACUGUGACAGUUAGUGGGCAUGGGUGGGGAUAUGCUGCCAAUGGGCCACUGGCAUAAGUGUGCCAGGUGAUCACCCUGUAGUAGUCAGAUGGACACCUCCGCCCUUUGCCUCCUCUGAGAUAUUAACUUUAUCAACCCAUUUGUUAAAGAAAAGCUUUGCAGUUAUCUUUAACCAGCAACUUCUGAAGAUGUCACCUUGAAACAUAACAAAAAUGCUUUCAGUACAAAUCCCUCCUAUGCCAAGUGCACCUGCUCACCACACACCCCAGGCAGCCCCUGAACACAAUUACUGAUUUAAAGCCAAGACCUGUGUUCUGGGAGUCAGUAUUUCAAAGGGAUACAACUUGUGCCUGCUCCAGCCCAUCACAAUACACAGUUCCUUUGCAGACACUACGAGGUGCCAUAUGCACGCUGAGGAAUUCCCAUUAAAGCCCCGUGGCUGCACACAGUGUGAAAACUGGGAAACGGAGUGGAUGGAAGUUAGUUUUGCAAAUGUACUUGUUCUAAAAGUGCCUUUUUCUAGUUUGGUUUAGAGCUGCCUCAGCCUUGUGCCCAAGCCUGCCAGGACCACAGCAACAGCAUCACCGGGCAGCCAAAGCACGUAGCCUGCUAGGCCAUUUCAGCAAGGGAUAAGCAGUUUGUGCCUUACAUAUAACUUGCUUUGGAAGAUAACAGCACAAACACCCUCCUGCUCCUCUGUACUGUUUCACCACUGCUGGCACAAGAACCUUCUCCCCUGCAACUUUUGCCAGACUCUCUGUCUCCAUCUACUUUAAAAUAUUUUCAGACAGCCCAUCUCUCAAUAUGUACAUCUACUGGUGGCUCUUACAUUUGGUUGAAGCUUUGGGGGGAUAUAGUUUGUACAGAAAAUACUAUUACAAGAUAAAUCAUCUCAGUAUAGUUGAGUAAAGUUAUCAGCCACUUUAUCCUCCAGCUGCUUUAUGGCAUCUAGAUGGCUAAUUGCAGUGGAUACACGUCCAUUCUCUGCUCUGGUACUGCACUUCCUUUCCCACUAAUAGGAGUUACAUUUUUGAAAACCCCAGUUGUGCUUGUGCCUUCCUUCCCCCCUCCCCUUCCUGCUCCAAGAUUCCCAGGGAGAGAAUUCAGAGCAAACCAAUGUUAUAGUCAGAGUUGUUCUCUCCUGCUAAAGGGAACACUUACACUCAGACCCACUUUGUAAAGUCUCCAUUCCAUUUUUCUAUCUGGUGCCUUCAAAAGAUCCUUGACAAAAGUACAGGAACAGAGCAGCCAUCUGGCCUGGAACUUUGUAAGUGUUGACCUUUAAAAACCUUGGUUCUUUGUUGGUUUGCCAAAAUAAUUCUCAGCUGCCCCUCUCCCUUGGUGUGAUAGUAUGAAGGGGCAUAGCCUUCCAUGAAUGCACCUAGGCAUCUUUUCAGCUUCCAUUUACUGAACAGGGGCUGCAGCCCCACAGGAUGUUUAAAGGGCAGGGAACUGCGAUCGGCCUGCCUAAGACAGUAACUGUGUGUUGUGGUGGAGAGAGUUACAGAGUGGAAUAGCACCUUCGGCCUGGCGGAAUGGUUGGACUUUGGAGGCAGUCUGGCACAGUGGGCCCUAGAUUUGCCCUAACCCCAAAGUGCAGAGAACCCCAGUCCAGGAUUAUGUAUAUUGUGGCAACUCCCAGAGGCCCUAGUCAAGAUCACUGCCCCGCAGUGUGGGGUGCUAUAUAAAAUAUUGUGUAUAAUAAGAUAGGUCCUGCCACAAAGAGCCUACAGUCUAAUUAAAGACAAUGCAACAAGCGAGUAACAGAUAGAGGAAAUGGGGAAGGAAGAAUAGAUGGUGGCAGAGACGUACUAUGGGCACACACAGCAGGAUGGCGUCAGAGAAAUUAAAUGAAACUGAGAUUUUUAAAAUAAGAUAUAAACAAAAUAGGUCUCAAGUCUGAUUACCAAGCAGGUGGGAAUGAGGUUCCUAUGACCCAGUUCUGGUGUGAACCCUUGCCCAGGGUGCACAGAAAACCCGACACCUGGUUGGCACUUAGAUAAGUUUGGUUAAUUAGAUGAAAAGGAAAAAAAACAACCUCCACCCCUCACCCACACUCACCAAUUUAUUCUUCUGCCCUUUCUGGUGUCCCCUGGUCGCAGCAGUGCCCAGCUCUGUCAGAGUGACUGUUCGUUCCCGUGGCAUUUCUAGCCCGCCCAAAACAGGCAGUAUUGGGAUCCUGUGAAAGAGCCUCGUGACUUCUGCAGAUUACAGCUUUGGGUACUUCCUGAAGAGCACAGACAUCAGGGGUUUGUCCGAACAGACCCUCUGAUCUUUGAGGAGCUCACCUGUUUGGUAACUUCAAUCCCUGCUUUGCUAUGCAGAGCCAAGGAGCGCGGUAUGCUCCACGGCGUCCCUCUCCCUGCUGCCCUACAGGGGGCACUCAUUUCCACUUUGUGUGUCUAAAACGAGAAAGGCUGGCGUUCCACCAACAUGGAUUCUGUUUAGUAACCACCUGAGCGGUAUCAUCUGUUCUCAGUGGAAAGCGCUCUAUUCCCUGAAAGGCGUGUCAUUUCAGAGCAUUUAGAUCAAGGUAUAAUCUGUGAUGUGGCACGAGAUACAUCUGUUAAAAGAACAUUUCCAGCUUCAACCCAGCUAUGCAUCAACCAGAUUGUAGAAGUGAUGCUGUAGCAGGCAGGAAGAACGGAUCGGGGAGCAGCACUGGUUACUGCACAGCGCUCCAGGAGAGAAUGGACGAAUGUGCACCAGUAACGAGGACAGGAGGGACAGAGGCUUGGCUGGACCCUGCCUAUCUGCUGCCUUUGAGAGCGAAUGACCUCAGAACGUUGGCAGGGAUGCCACAGCUGAUGCUUCACUAACGAUAACAGCACCAUAGGACUUCCUGGUCCUCUGAGGCACAGGCCUUGUCAAACAUGUAGAUGUGAACACUAACAACUCGCCACUCACUAAUGCAGUGCUUGCAAGUGGCCAGGGAGCAGGUACAACUGUGCUUCCCCAUGGCAAGCCCUUCCCUCCGUGCCCCUACUAACCUGCAUGGUGUGGGUGCCUUUAAGAACCACGAGGACUGAUCACCUGGCCCUUUUAUACACCUCUAAGAACAGCUUCACAAAAAUGUCUUUGGAGUGGCUGAUGGACUGGAGCUGGUCACUGGAUGGACUCCGGGACUUUAUAGCUACAGGGAUCCAGUCCUUCCGGGACUGUGACACCACUGCACUCACUGCUGUUGCUUGCCUCUUGGUGCUGUUUGUUUGGUACUGUUACCACGUUGGCAGGGAGCAGCCCCGCACGUAUGUCACUGUGAAUUCCCUCAUGCAGAGCUCUGAUGCCAGUGGCUUACAGAAUGGGUAUGCUUACUGCCACUCCCCCGAGUGUGUGCGCUGCACACGUAACGACGGGCUUAACCAGAAACUCUAUCACAAUCUGCAGGAAUAUGCCAAGCGCUACUCCUGGUCCGGCAUGGGCAGGAUCCACAAGGGCAUCCGAGAGCAAGGGCGCUACCUAAACAGCCGACCAUCCAUCCAGAAGCCAGAAGUCUUCUUCUUACCAGACUUACCAACAAUGCCCUAUUUCUCACGGGACGCUCAAAAACAUGACGUGGAGUUACUGGAACGCAACUUCCAGACCAUCCUGUGCGAAUUCGAGACCCUCUACAAAGCCUUCUCAAACUGCAGCCUCCCGCAAGGAUGGAAAAUGAACAGCACGCCCAGUGGGGAGUGGUUCACCUUUUACCUGGUGAACCAGGGCACGUGCAUUCCCAAGAACUGCAGGAAAUGCCCACGGACGUAUCGCUUACUUGGGAGCCUCCGCACCUGCAUUGGCAACAAUGUCUUUGGGAAUGCAUGCAUCUCUGUGCUGACCCCGGGCACGGUCAUUGCGGAGCACUAUGGACCAACCAACAUCCGCAUACGAUGCCAUUUAGGUCUGAAGACUCCCAGCAACUGCGAGCUGGUGGUGGGUGGCGAGCCCCAGUGCUGGGCUGAAGGCCGAUGCCUCCUGUUUGACGAUUCCUUUCUGCACACUGCAUUUCACGAAGGUCCCCCCGAAGAGGGCCCUCGUGUGAUCUUUAUGGUGGAUUUGUGGCACCCGAAUGUUGCAGCUGCCGAGCGCCAAGCCCUUGAUUUUAUCUUUGCUCCAGGACGAUGAUCGUGCUUCUUUGCCCUAGUGGGUUUAAGGGCAAGUGGCAGGCCUGCCGGGGCUUUGCCUCAUGCAGCUCCACUGCGGUUCCAUCUCCACCCGUGGAAGCCUCUCAUAGCACAUCCGGUGUUGGAUUUUCCCCUCUCGGGAGUUAUUGUAAAUGGAAGCUUCUAGCUUGCAUUAACUUACAGUCUCUUUCUUUCCAUCAUUGCUUCAGGGAUUUCUUUCCGCCAUGAGAGUGCAUUAUUUUCACUCCGUGAUUUAGCUGCGGUACCACUGUAGUAUGUGUUAUGUUGCUACUGUGUUUGCAGUGUUCAGACUUAAGAGUAACAAAAUCAAGGGUGUUUGAAUGUAAUAAUGUAACAUUUCUUGUGGUCACCAAAAAACGUCAGCAAAGUGCUGUGCUCAGCCUGUCUUUGUCACUGUUUACAGUCACCGCGUGGACAACUCGGACAGCCAGAUGGAAAUGGCCGAGGAGCAUGGUGGUUUCCCUGCUCCUUUGUGCAGAAUAACUUCCCUGGGGCAGAGAGCGUUCAGACCCAUUGCAGACCCAAAGCUGCCGAGGGUGAUGGUGCUUUGCAAACACAAGCUCUGUGCUAGCACAUGGCAUUGGGGCCAGAGGCUUUUAAAAACAUUUUCCUCCAGUGUGUGACUAGCACGGCAGGUGGCUGCCUAGGGCUGGGAUGAUGGCUCCAGUGCAUUCAAGCAGAAGGUGUCUGUCCCUGAGCCUGCUGCCACAAGCCCUUGCUUGGGCAGAGUGGUUGGGAACACACACAACAGCAGUUCUGGUGCUUUCAGCUGAGCUGAAAGUGACCAAGGGGCUCCGCCCCAGGCAGCUGAGUAACAGACUCCGCCAGGGAGAGUUACACAGAAACCUGAACCUUAAGUUUGACUGAAGGUGUUUGUUAAUUGGCCCAAAGCCCUCAUAGAGCUGUUAACUUACACUCUCAGAGCCCUGGGCUGGGAUAUACACGCCAGCUGGUGGGACGAAGGGAUGAGUUGUAUGAAAGUAGAGUGUAACCGCAUGAGUUGCCCAAGCACUCAAGGAAGUUGGUCUGCAUCUGGUUCUGUCUUCUCUCCCAGUGCACGGAAUGGUAGAGCAUCAACCUGCCCUCCGCAGGCGGGGUUUAAUACUUCUCCUAGUUCUAGAGCAGAAGUGAAAUAGUCUUCUGCCUACCUGUAAGAGUUAUGUCCACCAGCUCAACUGUGUGUUUUUCUUGGAGAGUAUCUAAUUGUCUGUGUGUCUCAGUACAGAGCUAAUGUCAGGUGUAUAAUGUGUAACACAGCAUGUCAUGUAUACAGCCAAAUGUACUUACUGUUCUGACUGGAAAGCAAAUGUGAUGACAGGUAACUGCUGGAGGAGGAAAAUGAGUCCACAAGGGUCCCUGGAUUACCCACUACUGAAUGAUGUACAGGAGAAAGUAUACACCUGACUUCAAAUGAGUUUUCUACACAGAUCUUUUCAGUGAUUAAAUUGCAAGAUAAGGCAGAAGUUUCAAAUACAUGAAGUAUUUUUACACAAAUAUCUUAAAAGAAUAUGUGACGUGCAUGAUUUCUACGCACAUUGAAUACUUUGUGAUAGAAUUACAAAGGAAAGGCUGACCCGGUAACUGUUACAGUUUGGUGCCAUUCGUACCAGUACAUAAGGAAGACUAUCAAUAAACAAUUGUGCUGAAAAAUCGAA